AUGACUUCAAUGUCACAACUUAAAGAAGAAGAAAAAAACUUUGCUAGAUUUUUCUUCCUUAACUUUAAAGUAUCAGCUGAAAUUGUCAAUCGAUUCUUCGACAAGGUCUUCCCACCAACAAACUUAGCUCAAACUAUCAAUAGUCAUGUACCUGCCAUUAUCAAUUUAUUCAAUUGGAAAAUAAUAAAUGCAGUCCAGUUCGACAAACUACGAGGUAUUCCAGGAACAAUAUGGCCUCAACAUUUUCAUCCUAUGCCUUUAGGAACAAAUACAACCUCUUCCAAGGACUUUGAUCUGACAAUGAUGAUAUGUCUGCUACGGAAUAUAGGAGGUGUAUCAACGCCAUCCAAUGGGUGGGAUCAGCUUCCUCAUCCGUAUGAUAUGUCACCAGGAGCGAACUUGUCUACACUGAAAUGGUACAGAAAUCAGUUAGCCCAUACAACUGUUACUUUUAUGGACAAUAAUGAAUUUACACACAAGUGGACUCAUAUUGAAAAGGCAUUGACAUCUUUGAAUAAUGGUCAAAUACCUUAUGAGGUUACUGAAAUCUUAAAUUAUGAUCUCGAUGGAGAACAUGCAAAAACCUUGGCAAAUGCAGAACUGAUGCAACUGAAAAAUGAAUACAUGGAAUGUGAAAAGGAAAAAGAACAGAUAGAAAGUGAUUUCUCUUAUUACAGGGAAGGAAAUAUUCCGAAAAAAAUAUCAGAGGCCAAUGAGGCUUUAGUUGAAACAUGGCUAAAAGAUGACGACAUUUUUUAUGAGACAAAGGGAUCAGAGCUUGUUUAUGACAAAGUUAUGGAUUGUAGUUGUAUUUUGGUGACAUCAAAGUCUGGAUUAGGAAAGACAGCCACCAUUCGACAUAUUGCAUUUAAAUUAAAACAACAAGGAUUUGAAAUUGUUCCCAUUGAGUCGCCAGAGGAUAUAAUCAAAUACAAGACUACUAAAAAACAAGUAUUUCUUAUUGAUGACGUCCUUGGUAAGUACGAAUUAAGUCCAACCCUGUUAGAGAGAUGGGAAAUAUUGAACGAAAAGCUUAUAAGCUGCUUGAACAAGGAAUCAGGGCAAAACAAAAUAUUGUGUACACUAAGAUUACACAUAUCACUCCUCAAAAGAUUCAAGAAUGCCUCUACAAUUUUAAACAAAGAAGUCAUUAAUUUAGAGCACGAGUCAAUUGCUCUUUCAAAAAAGAAAAAGAAGAAACUAUUAUUGAAACACCUAAGUAGAAGUAAAAUAGAAACUGAAAUUACUACAGAGGAAGUCGAAAUAAUGUGUGAAACGAAUUAUGCAUUCCCUCUCCUUUGUAAGUUAGUUGCAAAUGAUAACAAAAGAUUCCAAAACAAAAUCGCGUUAUUUAAGCAACCGUUAUCCCUGUUCAUAGAAGAACUUGAUAAAAUAUGUAAUGAAAACAAGAAGCUUUAUUGCGUUUUGGUGCUUUGUAUGUUAUUUAAUGGUUCACUCAGUAGAAGGAUAUUUGACAUCAACUCAAACGAAUAUGACCAGAAAAUAUAUAGAAUAAUGCAAAUUUGUAGACUCCAAAGAAACAUUUCUAAGAAAGAACUUGAGGAUUGCGCUUUGUCUGCUUUAGGAUCGUAUUUCACGACGAACAGUUACAAUUUUUGGUUUAUUCACGAUGUUUUGGAAGAGACAGUUGGUUAUCAUUUUUAUUCGUUCGAUCACAGAGAAAUGUUUUCAGAGUGUGAUAUCGUUUUUUUAAGAGAUCGAGUCAGAAUUCUUUCAACAUGUUCAAUUGAUAACACGAAUGAAAAUUCUAAUGAAAAUAUUGUCAAUAUUCUGGAAGAUGAGUUGGAUGAGGAUCGUUUUGUACCGUUAUAUGAUAGAUUUAAGAAUGAAUUAAAAAAGGGGAGAUUUUCUAAUGUGUUGGUGAGUCCUCUUUUUAUGAAUAGAAAAUUCGUCAGUAUAUUUGCAAAUACUUUUGAUGAGAGCAUACAUACUUUAAUGAAACAGUGCAGCUCCGAGAAAAUAUCAAGCAUGAAUCAGUCAUUAGUUCAACAAGCUUUAGAGAUGUUAUACAAGGAUAAAUAUUGCAGGGACCAAAACGUAAUCAUUCAAGUAAUGAAGGGACAAUUAACGCUCAUGGAAUGGAUUGUGGCAUUUGGCUGCUAUGAAUUUUUUCAAUAUGCAUGGAACAAAAUGACAACUUUAGAGCGUAAAGUGACAGUAGGUAGAUAUUUAUCAUGUUCAAUCCGUCGAAUAAUAGGAUUUGAGUCCUUCUUUCAUCUAGCUGUACUGGGCGGCAGCUUAGGUAUUGUUGCAGAAUUAAUUUGUCAAGGUGCAGAUGUUAAUUUCUCUUCUAUGUUUUGGGAAGCACCUUUGCAUAUAGCACUUAAGACAGGUCGUCAUGAUAUUGUACUUUUACUCUUGCAAAAUGGAGCACAAGUAAGCCUACGAGAAUUGUCAGCCCAUGGUGCAAUAUACAUCCCUUUUGCUGUUACUCCAAACAAUCAACAAUUUACUAGUUUUAUUAUUGCAUGUAUUGAAAACGAUUUAUCCCAGACCGUGAUUCAUAAGGCAGUCCGCAAUAAAGAUUUAAAAAAAUUGAGAUCAAAUAUUCGACCAGAAAAUAUUGAUUCUAAAACGAUAAGGGGAUUGACUGUCCUACAUUACGCUGUAUUGUUAGAUAACUUAGAUGCUAUUAAGGUUUUAUUUCGGGAAGAGUUGCCUGAACAUUUUGAGUUUACACAAGAUAUUCAACAAGAAUGUUUAUGCAAACAGUCGAUACCGAACGUAAACAUAGGUGACAAUAGUGGACUAACUGCUCUCCACCUAGCAGUUAUAAAAGAUAAUAUCGAAAUGUUAUCUCUUCUGUUGCGUAAUAAAGCUGACGUUAAUGUUCGUGAUAAUAUCUAUAGAACCCCUUUACAUUACACAAAAAGUGCAAGUGCAACACACUUAUUACUCACUCAUAACUCUCGGAAACAGUGUUUUGAGUCUCUUCGAAAUACAUGUGACAAAAGAGAGUAUGGAAAAACACCUAUAUCAGCGUUUAGGACCACUUGUUUUAAUAUUACUGGACAAACUGCAUUUAGAUUAUAUUUACAUGACUUCGUUAACGUGCAAGACGUGGAUGGCAAUUCACCCUUACAUUCUAUUAUAAAAAGGCGUCGUUUAAUACAGGAAAGCAGAGAUUGUAGGGAAACAUUGAUAGAGAAUGGAGCAAAUCCUUAUUUGUUUAAUAACAUGUGUAUAUCGGCAUUGGAGUUAAAUGAGCGUGGUGAUACAAACACAUACAUACCUAGAAGUACAAAACAUAGACAACUAAUUCUGAACUUUCAUAAAUUAUUUGCUGUAGUAACGUUUUUAAUUACAAUCAUUUUGUUAUCAUUUAAUAUCUGGAUGGUACGUGAGGAAAGUGGACACGACUUGCAUUGCGUUGGAGAAGGUACAGAAUCUACUAAUAUAACUUUGGUACAAGUAACGAGAUCCAUGUACAUGUUACUGUGUAUUGUAUUGUAUUGGUCAUUAUCAUUGUUUACGUUUGAUAUGAGAUAUUCAUUUGACCAAAGGCUACGAAAUUUAAUUUUGAUUUCUUAUGGAAGUGUUUUUUUAAUAGUUUAUGGUACAUUUUCAAAACUUCACGCCAUAAAAAAGUGUGAGUUUAUGUCUAGGAUGCUUUUCGUCACUCUCUCAAGUAGGAUGACAUUAUGUGGUAUACAAGGUGAUACAGGCCCAUAUGUCAAAUAUUAA